AUGGCGGAGGACGCGGUGGAUCGGCAGCUGGCGCUGGUGGUGGAGAUUGAGGAGGCGGGGCGCGCUGCCAAGGUGCAGCUCGAGAACUGCCUGCUUCUCAGCGACCGCCUCGGUAUCCUGCGACCGUUGCUCAAGGUUAGCCGUCGAUCCUCCGACCGUGUUGAAUUAUAUCCGUCGAUCUUACCACUUCCUACUGCCAAGGUGCAGCUCGAGAAUCGCCUGCUGCUCAGCGACCGCCUCGGCAUCCUCCGCCCACUGCUCAAGGACAUGCGGCCGUGGUUGGCGGCGGUGCAGAUGGGUCGACAGCAGGUCGCCAUCGACGCCAUCCUGCUGCGCCUCGAGAGGUGCCUGAGGCGGCUCAGCACGGUGAUUCAACGCUGUGGGCGCUCCAGUCGCCUCUGUGUCUCCAGCUUCUAUCGCGACCUGCACUUCACACUCAAACAGGCCUCCCUCUCCCUCGCGGACUGCCUGGCGGACCUAGCAGCCCAGGCCGCCUCUACGCUUCCCGAAGCUGCCAAGCAGGCUCGGGCCAUCCAGGCCGAGAUCCAGCAGCUGAGGUUCGUGCCAGCUGGCAAGCAGGGACAGGCCCAGCUGGCAACAGUAUGCGGGCAGGCGACAGAGCAGCAGCGGCUGCUGCAGCAGCUGCGUGCGUCCGUCUCCUCGCUGCUCUCCCAGCUGCGGCACUCCCAAGGCGCCAGCUGCCGGGGUAACUGCAGUGGUGGUACCUGCAGCGGUGACUGCAGGGGUAGCAGCAGGAACGGAGACGGCAGGAGCAUGGGCGGAAGGGGUAAUGCGGGGUGGGAGAAGGUACGGGGGGUUGUGCUGCGGGAAGGGAGCAGGGAGCAGGUGGAAGGGGAGUUGGUGCGGGUGCUACAGCAGGUGGAGAGAGAGGCAGUGGUGGUGGGCGUGUUGAAAGCUCUGUGCUUCAAGUGCGGGUGGAUGGAGGAGACUGUAGUGAAGAAGCUUAUAAGGGAUCUGGGCGAGCAGAGGCGCGUGGUGGGCACGCAGCGGUGGGCUGUGGAUGAGAUUCAGCAGUGGCUCAGGCGGCAAGACCUAUCAGCUGCUGACACGUGCGCUGGCGAUGAGGUGGCGUCGUGGGAUUUGCGGUUGGGGAGGCGCGCUGCUGAGCUGGCACGGGACGUGGUGAGGAGCCUGCGGCUGCGCAUGGCGGAUCACCAGAAGGCGCUGCAGGUGGGCGUGGGCCGGGCGGCAUGUGGGGAGGGGAGGGACAUGUGGGCCAUAGGAGUGUCAUGUGUGGAGGAGCCGUGGCUGGCGCUACUGGCAGAGGAGCUCGCCGCCCACCGCGACGACCUCCGGGAGGUGGCAGCGCACGUCACUGCUGUCGACGCCGCUCUUAGCAGGGCUGCUUAUAACGAGGCACAGGAGGCAGGUACAGUCGAGGGGAACGCUGCGUGUGGUGGGGCAGGAGGAGCUAGUGGGAGCAGAACGCCGGGGCGUGGGGGUCGGGGGCGGGGAGAGAGCGAUGUGGGGCCGCUGCUGGCGCGGAUGGAUAGCGACCUUCGGCAGUAUGUGGCGGAGCUGGUGGGGCAUGCGGGUGUGGCGGGCGGCGUGCUGAGUGUGCUGGAGGAGGAUUUGGACGAGGCGGAGAGGCGAGGGGAAGAGGCGGAGAACAAGGGGGGGGAGGCGGGGGAAAAAGGGGAGGCGCAGAGGAGGGGUAAGGCGGAAAGAGGAGAGAAAGAGGAGGGCAGGCGGAAGGAAAUUGAGGGGAGGGGAGUGGGGAAGAGGACGGAGUGUGGAACUGCGGGGAAGAGGGGGAAGGAGAACGCACGUGAAGCAGGGACGAGGGAUAAAGGGGAAUUUCGAGGCACAGGUGCAGCAGAGGUGUUGAGAGAGAAUGGGCAGGCACGGGUGGGUCCGAGUGCAAUCAGCCGUGAAGAGAGGGGCAGGGAUGACGUGGCUGACGUGGCUGAUAUGGGUGGUGUGGGAGAUGUGAGGGAUGGGGCGAUGGAGUUGGCGGGUCAGCGGCAUGGGGACGGCGUAGGCACGAGCAGUGUGAGGGGAAUGGCGCAGGGCGGGAUGACGGAUGGAGGGAAGGGGGCAGCAGGAGAGGUGGAGCAGGGUAGCAGUGGCGAUGAAGGGUUCAAUCCCAGGAGGGCGUACUCGGGGGAGGUACAUCUGUCAGCAGAGCAAGGGGGAGGAGAGAAAUUGGCGCCAGGCGGGGCAGUAAGGGGAGAGGGAGUAGGAGGGGGAGGUACUGGGGAUGGGGCCGGAAGAGGAGAUGCUCGUGAGGGUGAGGGUGAGGGUGCUGGUGAUGGUGUUGGCAGGGGUGCUGGUUGCGGGGUUGGGGCGGUGGGUUUUGAGGGGUGUGUAAGAGCGGGAGAGAGGGGCGGAGGAGGCGAGGUGGAGGAGGCGAUGGGGGAGGGGGAGGCGGCGUUGGCAGCGCUGGUGUCGGCUCUGUGGUAUGGCAGUGAGGAGGAUCAAGAGGCUGCUGCCGAGGCUGUCCUGGAGGGCUGUGACACGGGCGCCAUCACCGCCACGCUCUCCCUCGCAGCACGCAUACUGGCCGGCAAAUGGCAGCCUGCUCUCGCUGCCGCCCUCAAGCCGCUCUCCUCCCGCCGCCCGCCUGUCGUACAAUCAGCUGUCGCCACGUCACUCGUGUGCCUGGCUGUUUCUGACGAGCUGCGCACUGCUCUGGCCUCCCAGGGGCUUCUUCAGGCGCUGCUGCUGCAGGUGCGGAAGCCACACCGCUCGAUUCUCAGCCGCUGCGUCUUCGCCCUCGGCCAGCUGGCGCGCUGUGAUUCGGUGCGCUGCCACGUCACCGAUUCGGGAUCCAUGUCAUUCCUCGUGCCUCUGCUGCGCUCCAAGGACGUGGAGGUGCGAGAGUCAGCCGCCCUGCUCGUCAAGAACAUGGUCUUCCGGGACCCUUUUGAGUCGACUCAAAAGUCCUCUCCCCCACCAUUCCUAUCCCCCACCUCCCCCAUCUCCCCAAUCCGCUCCCUGCUGGCAGGACGUGGAGGUGCGAGAGACGUGGAGGUGAGAGAGUCUGCCGCUCUGCUCUUCAAGAACAUGGUCUUCCGGGACCCCCCUCAGGACAGCCAAUCGCUGCUCGCCACGCGGGCGUGCGUGGUCAAGCACGGCGCGGUCCCCCUGCUCCUCUCCGCCCUCUCCAUUCCCACCGCUCUGCACCCCGCUGACACCGCCAGCCUUGACACCUCCAGCCACACCACUGGUACCAGCUCAACUAGUGCAGAGGCACAUGAGUCAGCAGCAGAAGCAGCGGCGGCGGCAGCAGCAGCGGCAGCAAGGGCGUGCAUGAGUGGGGAGACAGAGGAGUACAUGCUGGGGAUCAUAGGAGGGUUGGCUCAGAGCCCUCGCCCUGCCGUGCCUCUGCCCACCAGGAAGCUCAUCGCCUGCAUCAUUCCCCACCUCGCGCACCCCUCCACCCCCACUGUUCGCGUCUACGCCCUUGCUGCCCUCGCUGCACUGGCCAAGGUCGACCCGGAGGGUGAUUAUAACGGGGGUGGCAGUGUGGAGGGGGCGGUGAGGAGGGUGGGGGGAGUGGAGAGGGAGGAGAGGGCGGAGGGGGGUGUGGUGGCGGUUGUGGAGUUGGAGGGGUUGGUGCCGGUGCUGCAGGUGGUGAGGGAUACAGCGGUGGGGGAGAGGGUGCGCCUGCAUGCUGUCUCCGUGCUCUGUGCCAUUGCUGGGCUGAAGAGCAGGGACUAUCGCUCACUGAUCGCCUUAGAGGGCGGCCUUCCCCCGCUCGUCGCCCUGCUCUCGCCCGCCUUCCCUCUCGACCUGCGCCUGCUCUCCGCCACCACACUCCGCCUCCUCUCCCUCUCCCCCGUCGUGCGCCGCUCAAUCCUCCUCACGGGCGCGCUGCUCCCUCUCGUUGACCUGCUCAGGGAGCAGCUGCCAAAUCCCUUCACCAAUGUGAGCGUGGCUGCGGCUGUGGCAGCACUGGUGCCGCGAGGAGAGGAGGAGAUGAGUGCGAGGGGACCGGUGGGGCUGUGUGCGCCGGUAGAGGAGCAGCUGGUGCUGGUAGGAGCCGUGCCGCUGCUGGUAGCCGUGCUGCUCGGUGCUGGUGGUGGUGGUGGUGAGGACAUGGUGGGAGGUGGUGGGGGGAUGGGAGAGGAGGGAGCAGCGAAUGAGGGGGAGGUGAGGCGGGCACUGAAGCGGGUGGGUGAGGUGAGCAGGCGGGGAGCAGAGGAGAUAGUGGCGUGUGGAGGGACGAGGAUGCUAGACAUGCUUUUAUCACGCUAG